GAGCACACAGGACGGUGGCAUCUUUCUAAGGUUUUUUUUAUUUUCCCAGCAAUCAGUACAACCAAGUCAUCGUUAUAAGGCAUCGCCCUCUUUUGCCCACCCCCCCAGCACCAGGUGUGGCCACUAGCCUAUAUGAAGGCCCAAAAUUGUGUGUUCCUUUCUGCUCUGACAAUGGCAUGCCCAUUUGUGCGAGAUGUGGUGGAUGAAGAAGCACUUGUGCUGAGGAGAGCCUUCAGGCGAGAAAGGGUCUUCAGGGACCGGUUGGACCCACUGGCCUUCCCUGAUGACCAUCUAUAUGAAAGAUACAGGUUUUCUGCAGAUGGCAUCAGGUAUCUAUGCAGACUACUGGGUCCCAGGAUUAAGCACCGCACUGCACGGAGCCAUGCACUGAGUGUGGAGCAAAUGGUUUGUGUGGCCUUGCGCUUUUUUGCUAGUGGAGCCUUCCUGUACUCAGUGGGGGAUGCAGAACAGCUGAACAAGGCCACAAUUUGCCGCACAAUAAGGAGUGUGUGUCUGGCUAUCAAAGCAUUAGCAGAUGUCUUCAUCUCCUUCCCUGGCCACAGAAGACUCUGUGACAUCAAAGAGGAGUUCUAUAGGAUUGCAGGUUUCCCCAAUGUCAUUGGUGCAGUGGACUGCACACACAUAAGGAUAAAAGCCCCCUCAGGUGCCCAUGAGGCCGAUUUUGUGAAUAGGAAAUCCUUUCACAGCAUUAAUGUUCAGGUGAACAUAACUUUUUGAUAUUGUCCAUUG